CCAAUUUUAAAUACCGUUAAUCAUGGAGGGAGUAAAAUGUGUUUCUGUUGGUGAUGGAGCCGUCGGAAAGACUUGCAUGCUUAUUUCUUAUGCGACUGAUACAUUCCCCGUCGAUUAUGUUCCUACAAUCUUCGAUAAUUACCAGGCUUCUGUGAUGGUAGAUAAGAAGCCGAUUAGUUUGGGUCUGUGGGAUACUGCUGGUCAGGAAGAUUACGACCGUCUGCGUCCUUUAAGUUAUCCCCGCACCGAUAUCUUCUUGCUUUGCUUCUCGAUUGAUAAUCCGGUGUCGUUCGAAAAUAUAGAGAAGAAGUGGUACCCUGAGAUCAGCCACCAUUGGCAAAACACUAAAAUCCCAGUGCCUUGCAUCUUAGUUGGACUUAAAGGUGAUCUCCGUACUGACCCUGAAACAAUUAAAGAGCUCGCAAAGAAGAACAUAGAAUUAGUUUCUCAAACUGCCGCGACGAACUUAGCGAACCGCAUUAACGCUGAUUGCUAUUUAGAGUGUUCUGCGAAGACGCAGAACGGCCUGAAGGAAGUGUUCGACCAGGCGAUUAAAGUGGCGUUGAGUAACCGAUCGUCGACGCCUACUUCAGAGAAGAAGGGCUGCGGUUGUUGUAUUAUGUAGUUGCGAUGU